GGUGCUCAGGUGUUCCCCCACUAAAACUUAAUCCUGACUCCCGCCUGAGUUUCCCCGCCAGCGGUUUGACAUUAAUCCUGCUCGCCCGCUACGAGCUUUAUUAAUUGUUCAGUACGCGCAGUACUAGUAUUAUGGACGCGACGAAUAGUCCCGGUACGCCUUCGGAGUUAUUCGGAGGUCUACUCAUUGCACUUUGCAUCGCGAUAGCCUUAUACGGCGUUACACUCGUGCAGACGUAUAUCUACUCGCUAAAGAGCGGCAAGGACCCGAUAUGGAUGAAGAGCCUUGUUGGCGCAGUAUGCCUUCUGGAAACAGCUCACUUCAUCUCUGUGAUGAGACUGCUAUACUUCACUACGAUCAUCAUCCCCGAUCCAAAGAAUCUUGCAUUACGGGAAUCAAUCGACUGGUAUGUGUGUACACAAUCUCACGAGCCGUGUCUCAUGCAAUUAAACAUGUCCCCACAAAGGAGCAUCCCGCUUGGUCUUAUUUGCCAGGCGCUCAUCAUAGGCCUCGUCCAAGGGUUUUACGUUCUUCGGCUUUGGCUACUAAGUAAACGAUUCAAAAUACUCGUCUUUGGCACACCCGCAGUGGUCCUUUUUCGAGUCGUAUCUCUCAUCGUCGUGGCAGGAGAAUCAAUUCGUACUCCGGCUUGGAUGGCGUUCAUAAGACAGCAUGAGCCUAGCAUCAAGAUUACUAUGGCAGCUGCAAUCGUCGCUAACUCAGUGAUUGCCAUCUCUUUUGCUUACUACACUAGGCAGGGCGUACCAAUAGCUACCACCAGGCAAAGACAUACGGACAAUUCUCAAACACCAAUGACAUAUCUGCUGCAUAGCGGCGCACUUGCAGCUCUGAUAUCGAUCAUUGCUAUCUGCACAUUCCUGCGUAUGGAAAAUACUCUGGUAUUUGUUGGUCUCAUUGCGAUAGAGAACCAUUUGUAUGCAAAUUCGUUGCUCGGGUUGCUUGACUCUCGACCUUCAGCACAACCACGAAGACAUUUGGACGGGACAACUAUUGAAUUCAGUUCCGCCUUCUUCACGUUGUCAGAUUUAUCGACAACAAGCUCCGGGAUUCAGUCGAUCGGGUCCAUGCCGAAGCAUAACUCAACAUUACGCGCUAAGGACCGAUUGAGCUUCACUGCUAGAUAAAUAGACACACUCGCAUACCAGGUUUUAUAUGUAUUGCUCAACAUGUAUCCAUAGCGCACGAGGAAAGAGACUACCAGCAGUCGAUCUCCGAUUUUCCCUUGGUUAAGUCUGAUUGCCUAAUUCGGACGGAAACGUCCGAAAAUGGAAUGUCAACGACCGGUCUUUUUAUUUGACGUUUGUCCUCCGCAAGAGCAAACAACUUGCAUCCAGUAUCACCGAGAUUAUUGUCAGGGUACCAGGCCGCGGAUUAAUACAGGAGUUAUGGUGUG